CAUUCAGCAAUGAAAACAAAACAGUGAAGGAAAACAACGGGCCUCCCAGCAAGGAAGUGGCCUACGCUGAUUGAUUCUGGAAGACCUGAGGAGGUGGAUGAGGAUGACGGACCCCCUUGAUGUGAUCUGCAACUUGAACGAAUUUAAAUUGAAGUGAUGGAAGAACUUCCUGACAAGACCAGUAAACCGAGGAUGUACAUGUUGGGAGGGUCCAAAAUAAAGGAUAUUUUUACAUUCCUCUCAAAAAUUCUUCCGCCGCCCCCAAAACGGAGCUGCGCCCAACGUGGGGCUCGAACCCACGACCCUGAGAUUAAGAGUCUCAUGCUCUACCGACUGAGCUAGCCGGGCACACAGCAACCCCAACCUAUUCUAUCUUAGAAGACUGAAAUCCAUACGUAAGGGAUGAAGGAACACUUGGAAAUAUAAUUGUGCAAACGUGGAGCACCCGCUGUGUGUCUGAGUGUCCUGAUGACGAGCUGGAGGAUCGAAGCCCCACGACCCCCCAACACGGGAGAGGUGGCUCUGCAGGCUCCUACCGGCGAAGAACAACAGCUGAACUGAGCUGCGAAACCUGGAUUUACGCUGAACCUUUACGGAGAGCGCGCUGGUGAGCUGUCCUGGUGCGGUCCCCAAGAAAUGGAAAUAGACACGCAACGUACUGCCCUCUACGCGACUGCAGCCAGAGCUCUCUUCUUCGGGAGCAGAAGGGGCGGGGGAUGAGGGGGUCUAGGCCAAAAGAUGUUUCCGCCCGGUUUCGAACCGGGGACCUUUCGCGUGUGAGGCGAACGUGAUAACCACUACACUACGGAAACCGACAGCGCGGCGUUAGGUUAAUACCAACUUGAAGCCGCACAGGGCCAGGCUACGAGGCAGAAGGAAGCCAGAGCUCCCAGGGGCGGGCGCUCCCGGUGCUAGCGGCCAUUCUUCUCUCGGCGUGGCCUCACGUGGCUGCUCACCCACAGGGGCUGGCGGGGCCUGCGGUUCGGCCACCCUUCCGAGGAAGCCGGCGUCCAGCGGGUCUCCCCGCGAGGCAGGAGAGUUCCUCCAGAGCAGGGUGAGUUCCGCGCCCGCAGCGCAGCCGACCCGCAGAGGCCGCACACCCCGGGAAUGCUGCACCUGAAUCACGUACCCGAGCUGCCCCUGCAGGUUUUCCUUUUUUUCAUUAAAGAUUAUUUUUUAUUUUUUUUUUAAGUCUCAGGUAUUAUUUCUCUUGCCCAAAUAAUCUCUUUGGCAGAGAUGCUCUGCGUACCAAAGCGGAACCUUUGGUAAUAGAGUUAGUUCUACAGGGAUCCUCUCAAGUAAGACCAGCAAGACAAACCCAGUUUGAGCCCCUGCUCUGACUGGGACUCCAUGAAGUCGGGCCUCCAGGCAGCUUGGGCGCGGAGCAAGCGUGGCGCGCAGCUCAGAAGGAUCUGAAUGAACCCACCAUGUGCCAGGCAGCAAGCCUACUGACCGCUCUGACAUUUUAUUGACCCUCAUUUCACAAAGACCUCUGAUAGGGUAACCCCUAUUCUAAUGAGUAAAUCCAGGGCCAGAAGGUUAUCCAAUACAAACCACCUCCUCCUCUUUUUGCAGAUGGUAGUGUAGCUCACACUUUUCAGCAUCUUGCUUUUCUCACCUCACAAUACAUCUUGGAGAGGAUUCCCAUUUUACAGCUACGAGUAUUCCACUGUGUGGACGUUCGUGUAAUUUUACUAUUCCUUUGCUGAAGGGCAGCUAGAGAGGUUCAUCCAAAGGACACGACAGUGACCAGACGACAGCGCUACAAUGCGUAUGGAAGUGCCAGCCACAGUGCGGAGGAUGGAGAAGGUCUCCCGCCCCGGCCCCCAUCCGUCUCGGAGGAACUCCGAGCGGCCAAACAACAAAGUCCUCGGCCUAGAAGGGCCGGAAGUACUUGAGGGCGCUCAGCGGAGCCCGCCCCUCCGCUUCCGGCAUCGGCCGUGGGGAGUCCCUGGUGCAGUCCUCCGUGUUCGGUUAGUAGGAUGGCGCCAGGCCGACGCGGUCAUAGCACCGAGGGCGGACGGCCGCUAAGCGCUUCCAUCCUCCCCCAAAGUUUAUCCCUAGUGGCGAGGGAUGGGGGAGGCCGGUUGUUCCGGGUCGUCCGCGUUCCCUGCUCCUUCCUAUUACAGAGAUGUGGGCCUCCAUCGUUCUAGCUCUCCUGCCCUGUUCCCGUGUGCCUGCUAGAGCGUCUCCUCGUCGUUUCCUGUCGCCCAGAGGCCCGGGAGGAAAGAAGGGGGCGUAGCGCUACCACGGAGGGAACUUGCGAGCUUGGGCGACGCUCAGACACCGGAAGUGUUGGCAGGGAGGCCGGAAGUGAGGGGGAGGAGCCAGGAAGUGAGGAGGGGCGGGGGCUUAUGAGGAGGCCAAGGGAGCGUUGGGACAGAUUUGCACUCAGGGCCACCUGAGGGACUUGGCUGUAGCGCUCCGCUCUGUCCCCUCCCCUCGCAGAGACACGGUUGUCGUCUAGGAGUAGGAAACUGUGUAGAAGGGUGGGUUGUCGGAGGACCUUCCUCUGUCUGCGCUAGAGGCAAGGUGUGGAGAGGCGGGGUGGGGGUGGGGGUGGGGCCGGGUCGUCAGGGAGUCUGAGAGGGAAGACCCCCGCCCCCCCGCCCCCCCACCGCCCAUCUACACUGGCUGACUGGACACUAAGAUGGCUGCCGUUGCCAUGGCACCCAACCCUGUGCAGACCCUUCAGGAGGAGGCGGUGUGCGCCAUCUGCCUCGAUUACUUCACGGACCCCGUGUCCAUCGGCUGCGGGCACAACUUCUGCCGAGUGUGUGUAACCCAGCUGUGGGGAGGGGAGGAUGAGGAAGACAGGGACGAGUUAGACCGGGAGGAGGAUGAGGAGGACGGAGAGGAGGAGGAAGUGGAGGCAGUGGGGGCCGGUGGGGGGUGGGACACCCCCAUGCGGGAUGAAGACUAUGAGGGCGACAUGGAGGAGGAGGUCGAGGAGGAAGAGGAGGGUGUGUUUUGGACCAGUGGCAUGGGCGGGUCCAACUGGGACAACAUGGACUACGUGUGGGAGGAGGAGGACGAGGAGGAAGAUUUGGACUACUACUUGGGGGACAUGGAGGAGGACCUGAGAGGGGAGGAUGAGGAGGACGAGGAGGAAGUACUGGAGGAGGACGAGGAAGAGGAGCUAGACCCCGUCACCCCACUGCCCCCGCCUCCAGCCCCUCGGAGGUGCUUCACCUGCCCCCAGUGCCGAAAGAGCUUUCCCAGGCGGAGCUUCCGCCCCAACCUGCAGCUGGCCAACAUGGUCCAGGUGAUUCGGCAGAUGCACCCAACACCUGGCCGAGGGAGCCGUGGGAGCGAGCAGGGCAUUUGUCCAAAACACCAGGAAGCCCUGAAGCUCUUCUGCGAGGUGGAUGAAGAGGCCAUCUGUGUGGUGUGCCGAGAAUCCAGGAGCCACAAACAGCACAGCGUGGUGCCAUUGGAGGAGGUGGUGCAGGAGUACAAGGCCAAACUGCAGGGGCAUGUGGAACCACUGAGGAAGCACCUAGAGGCUGUGCAGAAGAUGAAGGCCAAGGAGGAGAGGCGGGUGACAGAGCUGAAGGUGGUAUCCACCAUCCCCUUUGCAUCAUCCCAGAGCCAGAUGAAGUCAGAGCUGGCAGCUGUGGCCUCGGAGUUUGGACGGCUGACACGGUUUCUGGCUGAAGAACAGGCAGGGUUGGAGCGGCGCCUCCGGGAGAUGCAUGAAGCCCAGCUAGGGCGUGCAGGAGCAGCGGCCAGCCGCCUGGCGGAGCAGGCUGCCCAGCUGAGCCGCCUGCUGGCGGAGGCCCAGGAGCGGAGCCAGCAGGGGGGUCUACGGCUGCUCCAGGACAUCAAGGAGACUUUCAAUAGGUGUGAAGAGGUACAGCUGCAGCCCCCAGAGGUCUGGUCCCCUGACCCGUGUCAACCCCAUAGCCAUGACUUCUUGACAGAUGCCAUCGUGAGGAAAAUGAGCCGGAUGUUCUGUCAGGCUGCCCGAGUGGACCUGACGCUGGACCCUGACACGGCUCAUCCAGCCCUGAUGCUGUCCCCUGACCGCCGGGGGGUUCGUCUGGCAGAGCGGCGGCAGGAGGUUGCUGACCAUUCCAAACGCUUCUCAGCCGACUGCUGUGUAUUAGGGGCCCAAGGCUUCCGUUCUGGCCGGCACUACUGGGAGGUAGAGGUGGGCGGGCGGCGGGGUUGGGCGGUGGGCGCUGCCCGUGAAUCGACCCAUCAUAAGGAGAAGGUGGGCUCUGGGGGGUCCUCUGUGGGCAGUGGGGAUGCCAGCUCCUCACGCCAUCACCAUCGCCGCCGCCGCCUCCACCUACCCCAACAGCCCCUGCUCCAGAGGGAAGUGUGGUGUGUGGGCACCAACGGCAAACGCUACCAGGCACAGAGCUCAACGGAGCAGACACUGCUGAGCCCAAGUGAGAAACCACGGCGCUUUGGUGUAUACCUGGACUAUGAGGCUGGGCGCCUGGGCUUCUACAAUGCCGAGACUUUAGCCCAUGUGCAUACCUUCUCAGCUGCUUUCCUGGGCGAGCGUGUCUUCCCUUUCUUUCGGGUGCUCUCCAAGGGCACCCGUAUCAAGCUCUGCCCUUGAUUAGCCUGCCACCCGCAGGGGCCCCUCUGGUUAGCACUUGGGGGGCGGGUGGUGGUGGAGGGUGGCCCAUCAGUUUGGGGGCUCAAAGGCUCCUUCCAAUGUUUGUUGCUUCCUGCUCCUUUGACCCAGGCCCGCUUCUCCCUCUAGGAGCCUAAAGAACCCUCCUGGCCUGCAGCUCGGCCUUCUCUCACCUGCAAUGUCUGUCCAACAGGUCUGCAUGGGUCCCUGAUGAGAACAGCUGCUUGGUUUCCCUUCCCUCUGUCCACCCAGGGGUCUGAGUUUUGAGUAGGGGAUGAAGGGAGAUUUAACUCCAUUACUUAACUUCCCUUUCCCUGCUCUUCAACCUUAGUGCCCAGGCUGGGGUACUUGGGCAAGAUUCAGGUCUGCCCCUAUUCCAAUUCCGUUUUCUGAUGCAAAUUUUAGCUGAGGGAUUUGGAAGCUUUUUUGGGGGAGGCAGGUUGGGCAAAAGGGUAGAGCUGGGUAAUAAAUGUCUACUCUAGGGGAAGUAGGAGGGAUUCAAAACUCCUUCCAUCCCCAAAUUCUACCUCCAUAGACUGGCCACAUUUUAGCUUGAGAUAUAGAUUGGUUGACAUGAUUGAAACUAGAUACCAUUGUAUCACCCAAUAAAUUAUUUUCUCCCCCUUCCUUUUUUCCAGCACUCAAACUAGGAAUAAAGCUCACCCCACCCAACUCCUUUAGGUCUUUUUCACUGCCAGGCUCCUUUCCCCUUUGUUCAGUGGAGUUCCUUGUGUCAGUUUUCAGCCUCAUGUCUUUAGUUCUCUCCAUUUGGUGAGCCCUGACCAGGAGCCUGGGGACAGGGGUUUGGAUCCCCAGAAGAGCCUUGGGUAUAAUAUAUUUUUCUAGUAACCCUUUGCCUUCUGUCACUUGUCAGCUUUUGUCCUCUACUUUGAUGGCAGAGGUCAAUUUAUGUUCCUGGGGGAAAAGGGAAGAGGGGUUGUGUUGUGGAAAUAAAAAAGUUUAUUUGCUUC